CUUCCUUUUUAACCCACGCACCAUCGCGGUUGCACAGGCGUGAUCACACAGCAGCCGAAAAUACGGCAAGAUGUCCAAGAAUAAAAAGAACAAGACAGAAGAGGCAAAUGAUGUGCUCACAAGGAUUGCCAUUGUCAGCACUGAUAAAUGUAAGCCCAAGAGAUGCCGACAGGAAUGUAAGAAGUUCUGUCCUGUGGUUAGAAUGGGAAAACUGUGUAUUGAAGUCACUCCCACCGAUAAAAUAGCCUUCAUCUCUGAGGAACUCUGCAUUGGCUGUGGUAUUUGCUCCAAGAAAUGCCCUUUUGAAGCUAUCACUAUUAUUAAUCUGCCUAGUAACCUUCAGAGGGACACAACCCAUCGUUACAGUGCCAACUCUUUCAAAUUGCACAGGUUACCCACUCCGAGACCUGGUGAAGUUCUUGGUCUGGUUGGAACAAACGGUAUUGGAAAGUCGACAGCCCUGAAAAUCCUGGCUGGAAAGCAGAAACCUAACUUGGGCCGUUUCACUGAUCCUCCCGACUGGACAGAGAUCCUGGCCUAUUUCAGGGGUUCGGAACUUCAGAACUUUUUCACAAAAAUUCUUGAAGAUGACCUGAAGGCUUUAAUCAAACCCCAGUAUGUUGACCAGAUCCCAAAAGCUGUGAAGGGUGCAGUACAACAAUUACUGGACAAAAAAGAUGAACUGAAAAACCAGAUGGAAGUCUGCAGACAGCUAGAUCUGCUGAAUGUCAGGGACAGAAAUGUUGAAGACCUCUCUGGAGGAGAGCUGCAGAGAUUUGCUAUUGCUGUUGUCUGUAUCCAGAAUGCUGACAUCUUCAUGUUUGACGAACCGUCCAGUUACCUGGAUGUGAAGCAGCGUCUAAAAGCUGCCCAGGCCAUCCGGAGCCUGAUCCACCCUGACAAGUACAUCAUUGUGGUAGAGCACGAUCUGUCUGUGCUGGAUUACCUCUCUGAUUUCAUCUGCUGUCUGUACGGCGUGCCGGGGGCUUAUGGUGUGGUCACUAUGCCCUUCAGUGUCAGGGAAGGUAUCAACAUCUUCCUGGAUGGAUUUGUUCCGACGGAGAAUUUGAGAUUUCGUGAGGCUUCACUGACUUUCAAGGUCGCAGAAACAGCCAUGGAAGAGGAAAUCAAACGCAUGUGUCGCUACGAAUAUCCCAAUAUGAAAAAGAAGCUUGGUUCGUUUCAGCUGGCCAUUGAUGGUGGACAAUUCACAGACUCUGAAAUCAUUGUCAUGUUGGGUGAGAAUGGAACUGGCAAAACAACUUUCAUCAAAAUGCUGGCUGGUCGACUGGAGCCCGAUGAUGGAGGAGAGAUUCCAAUUUUGAAUGUGAGCUACAAGCCUCAGAAGAUCAGCCCAAAGCAUCAGGGUACUGUACGGCAACUUCUUCACGAGAGAAUCCGUGACGCGUACGUGCACCCCCAGUUUGUUACUGAUGUUCUGAAACCAUUGCAGAUUGAGCCUAUCUUUGAUCAGGAGGUUCAAAAUCUGUCUGGAGGUGAAUUGCAAAGAGUGGCCCUUACCUUGUGCUUGGGAAAACCUGCAGACAUUUAUCUCAUUGAUGAACCAUCUGCUUACUUGGACUCUGAACAGCGUCUGCAUGCUGCUAAGGUUAUCAAGAGAUUCAUUCUGCAUGCCAAAAAGACUGCUUUCAUCGUAGAGCACGAUUUCAUCAUGGCAACUUACUUGGCUGAUCGUGUGGUAGUGUUUGAGGGGAAGCCGUCUCUGGACACAAAGGCAAAUACACCUCAGUCCCUACUGAAUGGCAUGAACAGUUUCCUGGAGUCUCUUGACAUUACGUUCCGACGUGACCCAAACAACUUCCGACCUCGCAUCAACAAACUGAACUCUGUUAAGGAUGUGGAGCAGAAAAAAGGCGGCAACUUUUUCUUUUUAGAAGACUGAAAAAGGCCUUGUCAAGGGCAGAAACUUGGCAUGGCUUAAGGGUGGUGGUCUGUCUUCCUGGUCUCCUGUUGUGGGGGGUGGGAAGUUGUUGCUUGUGGAGUGGCAGCAAUGGCAUGUGUCUGUGGAACUUCUGGAACAGGAACGCGGCCGCUGGAGAGUGACUCCAGCCCGAACAGAUGGAUGCGGCCAACAUGUGGCUGGCACCGUGGGGAAUGGUGAGCCUGAGUGGGAGCAUGGUGGUAGUAGACCCUGCAGUGUCCGGUACGGAUGUCUGCCUCGGAGUGGUCUGGAUGGUAACGCACUCUGGGGUCGGAUUAUCAGGGUAGCAGGAUUCCCAUUUUCCAACCCCCCAGCUGGUGGAGCUUUGUUGGUCACAGUGAGAGGCCUCAUGGUGUCUAGAAACUACAAGCAAUGUUCACGCACCCUUAAUCCAUACCAAGUUUUUUGUGAUAUUACUUGUCUUCUCUUUAUUUUUGUCUCUUGGGUUACGGAUUUUUUAACUCUAAAUAUUUAUUGGUGUUAUUAUUUAAUCAAUUAUUUAAAUUUCUAAUCUCUUAAGAGUCCAAAAUUGACUGUUUAGGUUUGUGGACAUCAUGAGGUCUCCAUUCAAACAAGCUCUGCUUAAGCACAUGGAAGUGGGACUGCGCCGGGGUGGUGGCUGGUAACAAAGUAGAAACUAGUGCUGUGGGUGUUCCUGCAAUGAAGGCAUUUACCCUUGGUGCUCUGUUCUCAACCCCCUGUUCUCAGAUCUUUGCUGCCAGGUUAGCUCCUCGUGAAAAGCAUACAGAUGAUUGUGACAGCCACCCUGAAAACUAAAAUGGAUGAUUUUCUUUCACUGCAUUCAGAUGGAAGAGUUGCUGCAAUGUGUGAUAGUGAUGCAGAUUUUCUGUUUUGGGUUGUCAUUGGCAAGACAAUGCAUGUUCUGCCAAAGUAUUGGGCAUUAACAAUGGUUUGUUUCUUGUACUGUCAGGGCCAGGUUUAGGAGUGUUGUUACAUGAGAAAAAUUGAUUUCUUGUACAACCUCAACCAUUUCAUGUUACAAUUCCUGGGUAUCUCCAUGGGCAAAGUUUGGGGGGGGGGGGGGGUAAAAACUUGGAGGUGUUCCUGCGCUACACAUUCUGACAUGGAAUGGCCACUUACCUGUUUGAGAUUGAGAAUCACAUGGCAGUCCUGUUUGAGGAAGAGAAUAUUAUGGUAAUCAAAAUGUUAUCAUUAACAUGUGAGAAAAAGAAUGUAUUUUCCCUGCUGUCUGCAAUUUUUUAAAUUAAUAAAUCUUCUGGAAAGGCUU